GUUAACUAGCUACUCUGUAGCUAAUGUUAGCUGUAAACUUCGAGAAAGCUAGCUUGUUCACGCGUUGGCUAAUGAUGGCUCUAGUACUGCAGUUCCCAUAUUGCAAAAAUAACUUGUUACAUUAAUUUUAAACUAAUUCAGGUAAACUAAGUAGCUAAAUUAGAUAACUGCUGUCUAAUCGGCAUGAUGUUUCAGCUAGUUAACAAGCUCGUGAGUCCUUGCGAACAGAGUAAGAAAAUUGUUUAUCUUGCUAGUAAGUUAGCAAGCUAAUUACCCCCUCUUUCGCUCUUGUUUGUCCUAUGAAUGAUGAAUCGAGCUAGUGAGCUACUUAGAAAUAUCUGAUUAUCAAAUGAAGGACACCUCUGCAAGCAUUACCUCUAACGUUAUAGUGUUACAGACAGGAAUCUGUCAGACUCAGAGUGACGUGCCUCUCACCCCUUUGACAAAUGUAUGUUGUGCAUUCCUCCUUAACCGUGAUUAUUCGAUUUAGCUACUUGGCUAAAAAUACCAGGAUUUUUUUUCUGACCUUCAUCGGGAAUUUACUCCAUAGUUCUUUGAUGUUGCUGUGAAUGAAGCGCUACUUUCUACGUUAGUUAAAUAAUGCAAAUCUGAAACACCCUAUGCAAAGGAUCAAUCAACUUCUGCAUAGUUGUAACGUUAGCACACAUGAUUCCUCCCUAGUAGACUAGCAUAGCUAAGGCAACACUGAGCAAACAUUAUGAACAAUGAAUGCGUUCAUUCAUGAGCCGCUCCCUGUCUGCUAAUCCAGUGGUUCACGACCUUUUUCGGUUACUGUACCACCAACGGAUUUUUUUUUCUCUGCCCAGAGUACUCCUGAAGUACCCCCUCAUGUCAUGUGCAUUUUACCAGUAGGGCUAUGGUCUCAUGAGUCGUCUCAAGUCCCCUUGUGGAUAGGCCAUGUUUCAAAAGGACCAAGCUCUGACCCUAAGGCACCUUUGAUUUCCCCUCCAAGAUCAGGUGCAUUAGUGCUGGUGCGUUUUCCAACUAAAACAGUUUCAUAAUGGACAAGUUCAGUAUGGUGCCUGUGAAGCCCCAUGUUGGUGUUCCUCUUUCCUGAGCUGGUCUGCACAGCAACUCCUAGAGCCAACGUGCCUUUCCUGGGGUCAACCCGAUUCCUGCCUGUUCCGAGUCAGAAAGUCCAAAACUCUGAAGAAUCCUGUAUUAGGAUUUCCAGAUGGUGUGGGUGUUCAUCAUGAACCGGAUGGGUUCUCAGGGCAGCACGGUGGCCCAGCAGAGACGCAUGGCCCUGGGGGUGGUCAUCCUCCUGCUGGUGGACGUCAUCUGGGUGGCUUCCUCUGAGCUCACCUCAUACAUAUUCAAGCGGCAGGAGUACAAUAAGCCCUUCUUCAGCACGUUCACCAAGACCUCCAUGUUUGUGCUGUAUCUGCUGGGGUUCCUGCUGUGGAGGCCAUGGAGGCAGCAGUGCACGGGCAGUCUUCGGGGACGACACGCUGCCUUUUUUGCUGAGGCCUACUUUACCCCCUGUAUCAACGACACCAGUUUGAAUGACCAUACCCUAAGUGAACCCCUGUACGUUCCUGUGAAGUUUCAGGACCUUCCCACAGAACAGACAAACUGUGUCAAUGGAGACUGUGAUUCUACCUCUAAAAAACAGCGGGUGCGCUUCAGCAACAUCAUGGAGGUGCGCCAGCUCCCAUCUACACAGGCCCUGGAAGCUAAGCUGUCCCGCAUGUCCUUCCCCGCCGCCAAGGACCAGGAGUCCAUGCUCCGCACUGUGGGCAAGCUCACCGUCACCGACGUGGCCAAGAUCAGCUUCUUCUUCUGCUUUGUGUGGUUCCUAGCCAACCUCUCCUACCAAGAGGCCCUGUCUGACACUCCGGUUGCCAUAGUGAACGUUCUGUCCUCCACUUCAGGUCUCUUCACCCUCAUCCUGGCGGCCGUAUUUCCCAGUAACAGCAGUGACCGCUUUACUCUGUCCAAGCUUUUAGCUGUGGCUCUGAGCAUGGGAGGAGUGGCUCUGGUUAGUUUUUCCAGCAUGGACAGCCCCGAUGGGAAAGGUGCUACAGGCUCCCUGUGGUCGUUGGCUGGGGCUGCGCUGUACGCGGUCUACAUCGUCAUGAUCAAGAGGAAGGUGGACCGGGAGGACAAGCUGGACAUCCCUAUGUUCUUUGGAUUUGUGGGGUUGUUCAAGCUGCUCCUCCUAUGGCCAGGCUUCCUUGUGCUUCACUACACAGGCUUUGAGGCCUUUGAGCUGCCCAGCAAGCUAGUGUGGACCUACAUCCUCAUCAACGGCCUCAUCGGCACUGUGCUCUCCGAGUUCCUCUGGCUCUGGGGCUGCUUCCUCACCUCCUCCCUCAUAGGCACUCUGGCCCUCAGCCUCACCAUCCCACUGUCCAUCAUAGCAGACAUAUGCAUGCAGAAGGUGAGUUUCUCCUGGCUGUUUUUCGCUGGAGCGGUUCCCGUCUUCCUCUCCUUCUUCAUCGCCACUCUGUUAUGCCACUACAACAAUUGGGACCCCGUCAUGGUGGGGCUACGAAGAGUGUUUGCCUUCAUAUGCCGCUCGAAACAUCGGAUUCAAAGAUUGCCAGAGGACAGUGAACAGUGUGAAAGCCUUAUUCCCUUACACACCGUCUCCCAUGACAACGAAAGCUUCUGCUCGUGAUCCACCAGCCAGUCACAGGAUCGUGAAUACAGCGCGGAGCGGCAUGCUGAAGUGACAAUCUUGAAGCAACCAAACAGAGACCUUGAACUACCCCCAGUGCCUCUUAUUCAACCUAUUUAUUCUCUGCAGUGUGGAGUUGACGUUCCAUCUCUACAAGAUGAACUCUUUUUACUUUGUACAGCGUUGAUGCGACUCGUCGUUGACUGAGAUUGUGUGUUUUGCUGUGUUGGAUGUGUAAAAAGAAAGAAACUUGAUGGUGCCGGCCUUUUAUCAAUGAUUCAUAGUGUCAUGUGGCCACUUCAAAUGGUACACGUUUAAAUAAUGGGACAGAGUGGCUUCAUAAGAAGAGCAAGGUUGUUAUUCCCGUGGCAGCAAUUUGUAACAAUGAAAGGGUCGCUGCUUGUUCACAGGAGUAGGUUUGGGAGCAGGCAAAAUGAAUUCUCGUUAAUGUAGAAAUAGUAUGGGUGGAACAAGUUGGUCAUGGAUUUGAUCAUCAGGCUAUUAGGUGACUUACACAUAUGAUGUAGAGAUCUGUGCGUAUUCACAAAUAGUCUCAGAGUUAAAGUAUUGAUAAAGGAUCCGUUUUGCCUUUUAGAUCAUAAUGAAUAAGAUUAUAUAGACAGGGAGGACCUGUCCCUUGAUCAGCACAGAGUAGCAGUUCCUGUAAACAAGCAGUCUCAGAAGUUUGAGAUUAGGAGACGGCACUACAGCAUUUGAUUUCUCUCCAUCUCUUGUCCCUGGCAGCCAGGUAAUGCUGGAUCAUGAAGGCAAACUGUGAUUAAGCUUUUUGUAUGUGUUAGAAUGGGAACUAACAUUAACCCCUCGACUAAGCUAAGCUGCUAUAUAAUGCCGUUGCCUUUCCAACCGAAAACAGUAACCAUCUCAAAACAGGUGUAAAUACUGUACUUCGCCAUGAAAUUCGAAUGAAGUAUUCUUUAGUUAGUAUUUUGAAAAAUGACUACUACAAAGACCCUCUGAGUAUCUAGCCUUCAUGUUCUCCGAAAAAUUGUUUACUCCAAUGUUUUUUGUUCUUUUAAAGUCUUUGCUGUUAUGACACUAAAAAGGAUUUAAGACAGACCAAGUACAUGGAUUUUCCAGUAUGUUACAGAAGCACUAUUUUUCAUCCAAUUAGAUUCCCAUAGUCUUAAAGAGAAAAUGUUAUUGCAUCUGAGAUUAUUCAUACCACUUCGGUGGGUAUUGCAGAGCCACGAAUGGGCACCUGAUCUGAUUGAAUAUCUUUCACCUGUUGAAAACGGACAAUUUUAUGCUAUAAUAGUUUCUAUAUCCAACAAUUGUAUUUUGACACAUUUUGUUUGAUCAGCACAUGAAAUGCAAAUCAGUCACCCACUCACCCUUAUUCUAUUGAUGAUUUUAUUUGACUUAAACACAUGUUUGAUCAGUUAAAGUGAACUGUCUCUUCUGUAACCCUUGAUGUACACCAUGACAAAGGGCAUGUUCUCAAUGUUAUUCCACCAGCUGUCAACCUGUGUACAGAACUUUAUGGAGUGUUUGCCCAGCACCCACUGUGGAUGGAAGACAUUUUAUGACUUGAGCUAACUGCAGGAAGUAAUAACUUGCCCUGUAAAGUGAAAAAAGUUCAGCCCCUCAAGUGCAUGUUUUACCUUUGUCCAACUCAGUUGUUACUUUCACAUUGUAAAAAAAUAAAAUAAUCUACCCUAGCCAGUAGCUUUUAUUACCAUCAGCUAUGAUUCAUGCACAAAGGAAACCAGCUGUGAGAUGUAUUUUGAUGUUUAAUACAUGUGGUUCCUGUAGCCUAUUUUUACUUGUGAAAAACCCAGGCACUCUGGAAGUAUACAUCCUAUGAAAGUUGAUCAUUUAUUUCCUAUCUAAACAUUUAUCAGAUUUUCCCCCAUAUCAUCCAUGUUGAAGUCUCUUAUUGAUGGGCGAUGUGCCAGAUACAUAAGUGCAUUGUAUAUAUUUUCUCAAAGCUCAUGUUUUUAAAACGUAUUUUCAAAAAUGUAUUUUUUUCAACGGUUCUUACGAGAUGUGAGUAUAUCGUAUGAAGGUUGUUUUUUCUUUCUCAGGUACUUUGGUGGCAGGAUGACUUUUUCCUCUGUCCAAUCAGAUUUUGUUUUGAUAAUUUCCUGUCCUUUAUUAAUGGAUCUCUUUUAAAAAGAUGUAUACAGAUUUAUUUAAGUGUGAUCAUCGUAGUUUACCCUAUCAUCACAGGCUCUUUUAAGAGUCUUUGGUGAAAUUGCGUAAGUCCUUUUUCUAAUGUUAUGCUGCACUAUUAAAACUGAAGAUUUUCA